GUCCCGCAGGAUAUGCGUCAUCAGGUGGCGACAGAUUUGCGGCUGUCGUGCUUCCUAUAUCUGCCAUGGUGAAAGUAGGAAAGCUGGUGGAGGAGCAAAAGGCGGCGAUGGAGGAAGAGAAAGAGGUGAAUGCAGAGGCGGCGGAGGAGCUGGAGGAGGCCGAGGAAGCGUCCUGCAACGGCAGCAAGAAGAAGGUAGUUCCGGGUAUUGUGUACUUGGGCCACGUCCCGCCGCGAUUCCGGCCCCUGCACGUUCGCAACCUGCUCAGCGUCUACGGUGAGGUGGGACGCGUUUUCUUCCAGGCCGAGGACCCCUUUGUGAGACGAAAAAAGAAGGCAGCCGCGGCUGCAGGAGGAAAGAAGGGAGCUAAAUACAGCAAGGACUAUACCGAAGGCUGGGUGGAGUUCCGAGACAAACGCAUAGCCAAGCGAGUGGCAGCUAGUCUACAUAACACACCCAUGGGUGCCCGCAAGCGCAGUCCCUUCCGUUAUGACCUGUGGAACCUCAAGGUGAGUUCUAGGUUUCUCUGUCACACUUUCAUUCUUACCUCCAGCUCUAGCCUGGGCACCCCAUCUUUCUUGCUAGGUCUAAGAAGCUCCCAGUUUCUUCUCCAUUCUGAUCGUCCCUAUUUUAACCUUUUCUUGUUUUUCUGCCCACAGUAUUUGCAUCGUUUUACUUGGUCCCACCUCAGUGAACACCUUGCCUUUGAGCGCCAGGUACGAAGGCAACGCCUGAGAGCAGAGGUUGCCCAAGCGAAACGAGAGACUGACUUCUAUCUUCGAAACGUAGAACAGGGACAACGCUUUCUUGCAGCUGAUGGGGAUGCUACUCGACCAAAUAGCUCCUGGACAUUUACUCAACGUCCCACUGAGCAGGAGCUGAGGGCCCAGAAAGGAGCACGGCCAGGAGGGCGGGAACGAGCUCGGCUGGCCACAGUCCAGGACCAGGCCCGAUCCAACAGAGGGCUACUUGCCAGGAUCUUUGGGGCCUCUCUACUUGCAGAGAGCAGGAAAGAACCGUAGCCUAUAAGGGACUACUAGUGGAAGAAGAAAUGCCUGCCAGCCCUGCCUCCUUCUCAUCUGCCUCCUGCAGAGUGUAACCAUCUAGGCAGAUGUUUGCUCUGUUCCACAGACCAAGAGUCUGGUAAAAGGCCUUUUUUGUUGGUGUCUUUUACCCACUUUGACCAAAUCUUUUAAGUGCCAGUCUGAGAACUUUACUCAUACUAUCCAGGAUGAAGACCACUGUAGGUGCCUGCUGUGUUUGUCAUCUGAUUGCCUGCCUCUUUCUCAGUGGGCACCUAACAGUUUCUGGCUGGAAAGAGUAGACUUGCCUUCCACUAGGGUAGUGGUCUGUGGUCUUUGUUCACUGUAGUGGAGGGCUGAAUUAACAGGAAUUGGAUUUGUGGUCCAAUUUGUGGUUUAUGUUUAAAAAUAAAAAAUAAUUUAUA